CACCACCAAAGUUUACAAGAACUCCUGUUGACCAGACCGGGGUUUCUGGAGGAGUUGCCUCAUUCAUCUGUCAAGCCACGGGAGAUCCAAGACCUAAAAUUGUCUGGAACAAAAAGGGAAAGAAAGUCAGCAAUCAGAGAUUUGAGGUUAUAGAGUUUGACGAUGGAUCUGGAUCCGUUCUCAGAAUACAGCCACUGCGCACGCCACGAGAUGAAGCUAUUUAUGAAUGUGUGGCUUCCAAUAGUGUUGGUGAAAUAAGUGUGUCCACGAGACUUACUGUUUUGCGUGAGGAUCAAAUUCCUCGAGGUUUCCCCACCAUUGAUAUGGGCCCACAGCUGAAGGUGGUUGAACGAACUCGUACAGCUACCAUGCUAUGUGCAGCCAGUGGCAAUCCUGAUCCCGAAAUAACUUGGUUCAAAGAUUUCUUACCUGUUGACACAAGCAACAACAAUGGCCGCAUCAAACAGUUACGCUCAGAAUCUAUUGGUGCCCUCCAAAUUGAACUGAGUGAAGAAUCUGACCAAGGCAAAUAUGAGUGUGUUGCAACCAACAGUGCGGGUACACGCUAUUCUGCCCCUGCCAAUCUAUAUGUCAGAG